AUGGCCUUCACAGGCCUGCUGGACGCCCUGGGUGGCAUGGGCGGCUUCCAGCUGGUCUACACGGCCCUGCAGCCUGCUGGCCUGCCACCACUGAACUUCACAGCCUCUGUGCCCCGCCGCUACUGCCAAAGGCCCGCCAACCACACUGCGGCCACUGUCAAUGGCUCGGGGGCCUGGCUGAGGGCCACCGUACCCCUGGACCUGCUUGGGGCCCCCGAGCCAUGCCGACACUUCACGCAGCCUCAGUGGGCCCUCCUGGGCCCCAACACCUCCGUCCACGGGGCGGCCACCAAGGGCCGCAAGGAUGACUCGGUCUAUGACCGCAGUGUUUUCCCGUCCACCAUCGUGAUGGAGUGGGAUCUGGUGUGUGAGGCCCGUGCCCUCCGAGACCUGGCUCAGUCCGUCUACAUGGCCGGGGUGCUGGUGGGCGCUGCGGUGUUUGGCAGCCUUACAGACAGGUGAGCCUUUGGGGACGAGGGCCCCCUGGUCUGGUCGUACCUGCAGCUGGCAGUUUCGUGGGCAGCCACAGCGUACUUCUGCUCCUUCGGCGCCUACUGCUUCUUCCGGUUCCUGAUGGGCAUGACCUUCUCCGGCAUCAUCUUUUUUUUUUUUUGUGUCACCUGUAAGGACAAGAUAAACAGCCAAACCCGGGGCCCAGCUCAGGCCAACCCUGGUUCUAGUUCACAUCACGUCCUAGAAUGUCUAGAUGCUGAGGAUCGUGCACCUCAAGAACAGGGCUGGGACGGUGAGGGGAAGAAAGAUUGA